UUUAACUCGACGGUUGUGAUUCCUUGCCGCGGAAUAUAAAUUGAAUCUCGAUCUCUCGGCAAAAAUAUUACGAUCUAAUAUUUCAAGUGUCACAGUACGCACAUCUUUAAAACCAAAACAUAUUUGUAGACUUGAACAUUUAGAAGUGAGUGAUACAAAGUAAAAGAAAAAGCUGAAAGUAAUAUAGAUUUUAUCGUAUUCGCCCAACUCAUCAUAAAAAGCUGAAAGUAAUAUAGAUUUUAUCUUAUUCGCGCAACUCAUCAUAAAUCAAUCAUCAUAAGUCAACCGAUGCUCAAAAUUUUAAAUUACUGUUUGAUCUCAAGCUCUGAAUGCUGAAAAUGAAUCUUGGACUUAAUGUGUGCAGUCUGCUUGCUUUUUUUCUGAUACUUUCCACCGUUUCUGGGUUUAAUAGUUGUCAACGCGAUGAAAAGUGCGUAAGACUAUACCUGUGCCCCCACAUGUACCACUUCGCCUAUGACGAACGAAUGGCCCACAUACAGUGCGGAACCGAUAGGACGGCCAAUGCGGAAGACCAGAGAAUCUACGUUUGCUGCCCGGAGCCAGGUAAUGUCCUGCCAGAUCAUAAAACCUGUGGACGGAGGCCUGGCACUCCUCGAAUUUUCGGGGGAGUAAAGGCUCAACCCAACGAGUUUCCAUGGAUGGCCUUGCUUCUGGACAGUAAAGGCAAAGCCGCAUGUGGUGGCUCCCUGAUCAACAAUCGCUAUGUUGUGACUGCCGCACAUUGCGUGAGCAGGGUGAAGAUAGAUUCCGUUCGGCUGGGGGAGCACGACACAUCCUCCGACCCCGACAUCAUCAGGCCUAAAAAUGAGAGACCAAGGUGGGCUGCUCCGCACUUGGAAAUAGAAGUGGAGAACAUUGUCGUACAUAGGGAUUUCCAGCACACGCCUCUGCGAAACGACAUUGCCCUAAUACGACUUAAAUUGCCAGUACGCUACACCGAAGAAAUUAGACCUAUUUGUGUUCUGGGCAGUCACAUCUCCUUGAUAAACGCGACACAUCACCCCAAAUUCGAAAUAGCCGGCUGGGGCAUUACUGAAACUAACAAUAACAGUAAUGUCUUGUUGAAGGCCACCAUCAAGCAGGUGGAGAAUAAGUGUUUUAAAGAGCAUAGAUACCUGAAUGAGACCCAAAUAUGUGCGGGUGGUCAGAAGGGCAAGGACACCUGUUUUGGAGACUCCGGCGGUCCACUGAUGGGCACUAUGAUACAUUAUAUACGUUAUAGAGAAGAGCUCGUGUAUCUAGCUGGAAUCACAUCUCACGGAGAUAAUAAGUGCGGACAAGCUGGUGUCUAUACGAAAAUGGAAUCCUUUAUCUAUUGGGUUCUAUACUUUUUAAGAGCUUGAACAUCUUUUCACUUAGCCGAUCGUACUUAUAUGGAAUUAUAUAUUUAUAUCUCGCUCUUAUUUAAAAAAACAUAAAUUUUUUAAACUGUAUUGUUCAAAAGUCACAACAUUGUUAAUAAUAAAGGUACGGAGAGAAAGCUAAA